GUUUAUUUAACUUUCCAAACCCCGUCAAGACUUGAGUGCUGGUAGUGUUGCAAAACCAAGGCUUGUCAACAAAAUGUGAUUUGUUUAUGUCUGCCUCAAUCCGAGACGAGGAAACUGCCCGGGUAGGUCCGAGACAGAAUGGCCCAUGGCUCAGGACCUUUGGCCAUUUACUACAAGCCGCCGUCCAGCGAGGUACACCCGUCCGUACGGUCGAUGGCCAGCGAGGCCAUGGGCGGUCUAGUUCUGAUCUCAGACGCGGAUUUGCCACGGAUUCGGGGGAGCUGUGUGCUCCUGGUCAUGGCUGCCGAGCUCGCCUCCGGUCCCGGCGCGAUCAGCGCGGCGCUGGAGUUCUACGGAGCUCCGGAGGAAGAUGCCCGCGUGGUGGAGGAAGUGCCGUCAGGACACUUCGGGCACGUGGCGGUGGUGGAAGUGGAUCUGGUGAUGACCUCGAAAAAAACACCUUUGCAGCUGGUACUGGCCAUGCAGGAGGCCGGCCUGGCGGUGGUGCAGCUUGGCCCUUCAUCGCAACGAAGCCGCGAGGUGAUCGAUGUGCGCAGCCAUCCGCAGAGCGCCACGCAGGAGGAUGUGCUCCCAGGUACCUGCAUCGAAGUCAUCAACCUCUCCUGGCCCGCUGCCCCCGACUUGCGGCGGACAAUGCCUGCCAGGUGGUCCAGCUUCCUCCGCGCUGAAGAAUCCCUAGCAGCCCAAAGGAAGUGUGGCGCUGAGGCGACCGAGGAGGUUUGCUUCUGUGGCUUGCGCUUUGUGGUGCCGUCAGAGCAGUUAAGGCCACGGCCCUCCUCUGCGCCGCUAGUGCAGGCGGCCCAAGAUAGGUGGAUGGCUAGGCUCUGGCAUGGUGACCUUUCAAAACAGGUUACCCUUCCGGAUAAAUCUAACACGACAAACAGGCUGGAGAGAGGCAAAUGAACCAGGGUGACAAUAGUCCCUCUGUGUCCCUCUUGUGGCUGAAGCUGUGAACUGAGUUCAUAGGUUCAGCUGCAGUUGAACAAAAGGAAGAGCUGCAUGAAGGGGUGUGGAAGUAUAGAAAGGUCAAAGUGAUCAGGUAAAUGGCCAACAUCAGGAGAUCUGGGUUUAGUGGCGGUGGGUAAACAGAUUGUGGCUAAUGGUGAGAUGUGGCCAAUGGUGAAGAUGCAAAAACUGUUUGGAAUGGCAAGCUUGAUGUUGCUUUGAAAGUUCUACUCUUGCGAUGAGAUUUGGAUGCAUGCACAUUGACCGCUGAAUCACAGCAGCGCCUGAAGCUUUUGCGAUCCAAACCGCCACAUGCUCAAAGCCAAGACCAA